UAUGUUUCUGGCCUAUCUAAGGCAGCACAGUAUCUGAAAAAGGCUUUCCUGUAUUGCUCCUUCCUCAACAGUGGCUUCCGUGUCUACAACGACUGGGUCCGCUUCGUGUUCGCCUCUGAGUCGGAGACAGAUCGCUCCAAGUGGAUGAAUAAACUAGGCCUGGCCGCGAUCGGCCUCUCCUCCUCCGUGCAGACGGCUCGCAUCGGCGGCUUUCAUCCCGGUUACCUGACUCGCGGACAGCCUGGGCUCAGCAACCCGUCCCCGGCCAGUCCCUUUUCCGCUUCUCCUUUGCCAACCAGUAUUGCCAGCUCCUCCGUAGUAACCUCACCGACGACCAACUUUGCCCACUCGGCCGUUGUCUCGACGUCUGCCACUUUGAGUUUUGGAUCCAAAUCGCGUCCGACAUUGUCACUCUCGGCUUCGCCCAGUCCCUCGGCACCGGCCAGCCAGAAAGGAUUUCCUUCUGUCGGUGAGACCGACGCAGAAGCCAAAGGUACAUUUCCAUCAACAGGACUCUCGUCUCCUUCUACUCCGUUUGGCCCUGCCUCCGUCAUCAAGUCUACCGGCACCGCCUCCACAGAACUCGGUCUCUCUGUUGUGGCCGCCAAGCUCUUCGGACAAGCGGCAUCUCUUCUUCAACCAAUCGCUUCGUCCUCUCUUCUCUCCGGUAUGCUCACCUCCGCCAAUUCUGCAUCCUCCAGCAAAUCUGCACCCUGCCCAGCCAUCCCAUCUUCACUGUCUGUGCCCGACACAACAUCCUCUGCCAGCCACUCGCCUCUCUCUGGCAGCGACGGCUCACACGAAUCUUCUCAUUGUCCGGUCACAGUAUCUGCUGAAUCCUCUGGUAGAGGUUCUAUAGGCAACCAAAGUUCUCUCACGUACCCUACGCCUGGCAACCGGUGGCGACCUGGCGCCUCCUCCAUAGGCCCUAUUGGUUCGACGCUGUUUAUCACUCACCGAUCGUCAGUCCUGCAGCCAGCCGAUGACGCCUUGAUAAACUUCGACCAGACAAAGCCUAUUGCCGAAAAGCAGGCAGCUGUAUCCAGAGGCAAUGCCCGCCACCUUGCUGUAUCUGAGUGCUACACCGAGAGCGACUGCUCCGACGACAUGGAAGGCGCUCAGAGUGCGAACUUGGAUGAAGACUAUACAACGGGUGAAUGGACUCUUGUUUUAUUCAUGCCAAUAUCCAUCGACGAUGUGUCCGCCGGGGAACCAGAGGAUUCAUCGUCCACCCGCUGGAGCCUGUCGACGCGUGCCGGCCGGUUAAGUGUACCGUCAGCGGCCCCGGUUGCUUCGAACAGCACCACCAUCACUUCUUCUCCGCCGUCGGGCUUUCUGCGACGGAUGCUAGUUGGUAAUGCCGCAAAGCAGGUGACGCUCACCGCCCACUCGGGCCUUGUUUCUCCCAUGAAUGUGACAGAGACCUCCGCCAGUCCUCGAUUGGGUCGCCGAGGCGUGGGUAAAGAGAGUCUGAGCACCGGAAACCUGAGUCAGUUGGAAGAAAUUGAAUCCAGAUCAAGAGGCAUAGACUGUUCCCCGAUCUGCUCAUGGGGUCGUCGAAGCCCCGGGGGGCCCAGUCUCACGCGCCAGAGACCUGUGGUAGUUCGCCGGCGCACCCCCGUCGAAAUCAACCCUUCGCUUUUUCUAGGGCUUGCCUCACCACCCCCCAUCAGUGCCACUUUUGUCUACCCCUCCUCUCAGAUGGGCUCUGGAAGCCCGAUUGUCAAGGUUCCAACGGCAUCCCCACGAUGA